UUGCAAUAUGUAUGGUGGUCGCGUCGGGCGCAGGGCGAGAGUGGGCGACCUCAUAUAGCUGUGCGGGCAGCAUUUCCUUUAUUUGUUGUUCGUGCGCGCCGUGAUAGUGACGUGCCACAGGACAUCAUGAGGACAUUACUGAUUUGUAUGCUGUGCGCAGUCACAGUUUAUGCACAAUAUGAUUCACCAGCUCCACCGAGGAUUCAAAUCCCAGGAGCAAUUUUGGGAGGACCAGUGGGAAGACAGAGUGGUUUCAGACAGGGAAGGUUACAAGCUAUCCCGAUUAAUGGCCCUAUUGCCAGAAUACGCCGACCAGGACUCGCUCGGCCGUCUUUUAAAUCCGUAGACGCCGCACCGCGCCCCAACCUUCAAUCUCUUGACGAGCCUUCAAAGCCCGUCACAGAGGAGCCCGAAGAUGAAGCAGAUAUCAACACACCAACAUCUUUUGUAUCAAGUAUUUUCUCUACAGCAGAACCGCAAAAUGAUUUCUAUGACAUUACAACCACAUCGCAACCUAAACCACCAGCGGCUUACAACUCAGCCCAAUUCCAACAGACAACACCAUCAGCACCAAAACCUGAACCAAUAAGACCAACACAAUAUAGACCUUUAUUACCUCAAUCGUUUAGUCCUGUAAGAAAUGAACCACAGAACAGACCGCAACCAGCAAGGCUCCAGCCUUUGUCCAGCAGACCACAACGACCCUCUUUCAGACCUGAACCAAAACCAUUCGUAGAAGAAGAAGACGAUUAUGUUCAACCCGUAAGACAAUAUUCGAGACCACCAGUUAAGAGUGUACCACAACAAAAGUACACCCCAUCAAAUUCGAGGGAAAAGAAGCCUGUGGCUCAAAUCAUUCGUAAAUUUAGAGAUGAAAAUGAAGAUGGCAGCAUCACAUGGGGAUUUGAGAAUGACGAUGGAACAUUUAAAGAGGAAACUAUUGGCGUUGACUGCAUCACUCGUGGCAAGUACGGAUAUGUUGACCCCGAUGGUCUGAAACGCGAAUACAACUAUGAGACCGGAAUUGCUUGCGAUAAGACCAAAGAGGAUAAAGAACAAAAAGGUUUUAUUGAUUAUCAAGAAAAUAAGGCUGUAUUACCAAACGGUAUUACCAUAGAUCUCAAUGCCAUGGGUAAAAAGUCUAAAAGGCCAUUUAGAUCAGCGGGUAAUAACUAA